AUGGUUUCUAUGGAGGAUUAUAAGAGACUUAGGGAGGAGAUUCAUCGCCUCCUCACUGAAGGGGAAAAUCUGAUGGAUGAUGAUGAAUUUCUGCUUGAUUUGAUCUCGUGUUCUAAUGAUUCAAAAGAUGUUCUGGAACUUGUAAGAGUUUUAAAAGAAGAGGGGAAUGUAUUGUACAAGCAAAGGAAAUUUGAGGAUGCAUUGGAAAAAUAUGGAUAUGCAGGACUAGUUCUUGCCCGAUAUGAAUUUGUGGAAAAAUCAAACAUGGGUGCGUGUUUUGAGUUGGCUAUUUGUGUUCUAUUAAAUUCUGCAGCGUGUUUUGGUAAGAAGAAUGAAUUUGAGAAUGUAGGCCGGAUUUGUUCAAUUAUAUUGGAAUUUGAACCAAGUAACCUAAAAGCUUUAUUUAUAAGAGCAUUGGCUGCUUUAGAGUUAGGGAGGAGCAUUUGGGCAUAUUGGGAUUUGUUAUUGGCAGUCGAGGUUGACCCUAACAAUCGAGAGGUUGCCUCUAAGCUUGAAGAGGUUAAAAGCUCUUUGCGCAAGGAAGAAUCAAUAAAACGCUCACAAAGUGUUGUCCCAUUAGGUUUAGGAUCAAGCCUUUCUCCUCCACGAAAGAAUACAAAAGGGAGUCUAAAGCAGGAGGCUGGAAUUGAACACAAAGAUAUGCAAAGGAAGGUUUCUUCUUCAGGUGCGACUGAUAAGCGCAAUCAUGAUGGCCUAGCUAGCAUAGUGGACUCAGGCAAAAGGAUGUUCAAGUUUAAAGGGUGA